AUGUCCUGGCGAAAAUUGAUUACUAAAAUUACUUUUGAUGAGCGUCAUUGUCUAAUAUCAUAUGAGACUUCUAUAAACACGCCUGAUGUGGCUUUCUUUUGUAUUAUUUUCUUCCUCCCCAGAGAUUCAGCCCAUCAAAAUCUACCCACAAACCUGUCCACAGCCAGGGGUCUUAUCAAUGGGAACGUCAUUCGAAGGGCUUCUCUGCGUGAUGUAUCCAUAGACUGUCCUCAUUUGCCCGGCUUAUUCUCAACUGUCGCCUUACUCGCAUCUCUCUCUUUCCCACUCUCUCUCGGUCUGUUUACAUCUCUCCUCCCUCUCUUUCUCUCUCUCUCUCCCUCUCUUUCUCUCUCUCUAUCUAUCAUCUCAUAUUUCUCUCCCCUUUCUCUCUCUCUUUCUAUCUCAGACUCGUCAUAUCUAAGUCUCGUCAUUAUCUAUCUAUCUAUCUAUCUAUCUAUCUAUCUAUCUAUCUAUCUAUCUAUCUAUCCCAGUCUCCUCAUCUCUCUCUCUCCCUUUCUGUCUAUCUAUCUAUCUAUCUAUCUAUCUAUCUAUCUAUCUAUCUAUCUAUCCCAGUCUCCUCAUAUCUCUCUCUUCCUUUCUCUCCCUCUAUCUAUCACGGUGUCGUCAUAUCUAUCAUCUAUCUAUCUAUCUAUCUAUCUAUCUAUCUAUCUAUCUAUCUAUCUAUCCCAGUCUCCUCAUCUCUCUCUCCCCACUUCUCUCUCUCUCUCUCUCUCUCUAUCUAUCUAUCUAUCUACCUAUCUAUCAUCCCAGUCUCCUCAUAUCUCUCUCUUCCUUUCUCUCCCUCUAUCUAUCACGGUGUCAUCAUAUCUAUCUAAGUCUCGUCAUUAUCUAUCUAUCUAUCUAUCUAUCUAUCUAUCUAUCUAUCUAUCUAUCUAUCAAUUUCCCUGGGACAGAACACCUUUAAACCAACCCUCAUCAACCAUGUCUGCAUUUCCCUUCUCCUCGGGCGGCCCGCCCCCUUAA